AUGAAGGAAGAAUCUGCGGAUUUUAUCCAUGAUGCAUGUCUCCUGGAUCUUGGCUUUGCGGGAUCUCCUUUUACAUGGUGCAAUAACCGGUCCGGGGUGGCAAGAAUAUAUAAACGGCUCGACCGGAUAUUGGUCAAUCAAUCCUGGCUGUCUCUUAAUGUAUCCACACCAGUUUCUCAUUUGGCCUUUGCAGAUGAUUUGGUGAUAUUUACCCGUGGAUUGCGUUCUUCGCUUAGGGUUCUAAUGGAUUUUGUGGGGGAUUAUGAACAGGCCACUGGCCAGAAGGUCAAUAAGAAUAAGAGUUUGUUCAUUGCUUCUUCGCGCUGCUCUUCGUCGCAGGUGCGUGCUUGGUCCACUUUGGCAGGCAUGCGCUAUGGCUCAUUACCUUUGCAAUACUUGGGUGGAGUUGUCUUUGCAGGUCGCAAGAGGAAGCACUAUUUCCAAUUCGUGUUGGACAAGGUUGAGAAGCGCUUGGCGGGCUGGCAAAAACGAUUUCUCUCAUCGGGAGCAAGGUUGUUGCUAAUUCGGCAUGUAUUGGCAGCAAUUCUCAUCCACAUUAUUGCAGCAUUGGAUCCCCCGAAAUGGCUUUUCCAGCAGUUGGAACUUCGAUUCGCAAAUUUCUUGUGGGGCGAGUUGGAUUCGGGUCCAACGAGGCACUGGAAACGUUGGAGCAGCUUGUGUUAUCCUACCGAGGAGAAUGGCUUAGCUUUGCGAAGCCUCCAGGAUUUGUCUAAGGCUUUUUCCUGCAAGCUCCUUUGGAAAUAUACAGCAAACCAAGGGAUUUGGGCCAACUUCUUGCAUUCUCUGCCGGGGGGAUGGGAAGACUCCUUCUGUGCGAACCGAUCACAAGGCAUUUGGUGGAGGAUGUUUUCCNCCUGUUUGUUUUGGUGGGAUAAUUGGUCAGGGAAGGCUGGCAGCCCGUACGAGCGUAUGAUAACCUUGUGUUUGAAACUCCAUUCCUGCCUUCAGGGUACCCUAUACCCCAACCUUUCGGGUGAGUUACCAAGUCCGGUCAUUGACUCUGGAGCGAUCGAGUAUUCUCGCUCUGGGUAUGAGCUGUCUGAUGGUUCAAGAUCUGUCUACUCAACAACUAGUGGAAAAGAAUAUCCCCUCUCCUGCGGAUCCCCUUAUGCGUACCUGAAGCCUGAUCGUUUUUCUCGUAGACCGCUCCUUCGGACCCUUUGCACUCACGUACGGUCCCCUUUUCUUUUACCCAUGAAACUCACAGUUCAAUCGAUUCGGAGGGUUAGAUGCGACUUGGACAGUAGUUCGGCAAAGCCGGAAAUAGAGAGAGAUGUGAUUAGAUUAGCACGAGGAAGGGAAGAAUCUUGGUCUGACCUUCGGGCGAGGAGAAAGUCAGUAAGAAUAGGACCGGAAACUGUGCGUUUGGCUAUUGGUGAGUCUGUCUUUCUUGAGAAAAAAUUGAGCCCCUCCAUUUGGGUCAUGAGACUAGCCAACUGUCUAUCCCUGUGGGCUAACUCAACUUAUAAGCUUGCUAUCUUAGCAUCCACUUGGGAUAACCUUUCACUUGGAUACGAUCUAAAACGAUUCCACAUUCAAGAAAGAACCAGACCAGGCCAACCAAGAGAUAGGAUCAGAUGA